AUGCAGCAGCAGCUAAAGAUGUCAGACCUUCCUAUGGAAAUGUUGGCCAACAUACUAUCAAGAUUGCCGGUGAAACCCCUUCUGCAGUAUAGGUGUGUAUCAAAACCAUGGCUUGCUCUGAUAGAUAGCUCCUAUUUCAUCAAUUUGCAUCUCAAUCGAUCCAUCGAAACCAAUGCCAACCACAGCCUCAUUUUUAUAGAUGGCGAUCUCUACUCUACAGACUUCGACUCGCUCAAUCGUGCCGUGAAGCUUGACCACCCGAAGUCCCACAGAUAUAGAACCGGAGUAGUGGGCGCUUGCAACGGCUUGCUCUGUUUGAUACAACGUUUUAGAACUAUAUCAUAUUCAACGGACGAAAUUGUCUUGUGGAACUUCUCGACCAGAAAGCAGCACAAGUUACCGUUCGCUUCAAUCGAGCUCCGGUACGAAUUAAGCAAUUGGUCAUCGUUUAUAGUUUAUGGCUUUGGGUUUGGGUACGAUUCUGUCCAUGAUGACUACAAGUUGGUACAGCACUACGUUAAAUAUGACAAUUCAUUAUGA